AUGUAAGGAAGCUGAAAGUUCCAUAAGGUAUGAGUAGGUCAGCCAAGCAAAGUCAACAACACCUAGAUGUUAGUGUAGGAUGAGGAACAAGGUUGAGACAAUAACAAGCGGCAAACACAAUGAAGUUUUUCACAAAAGCUUCGGGAUUCUCUUGACUUUCACACGGGAAGAUAAACGCGACAAUAUGUUAUUGUCAUGAUGUUGCUUUGACGAGGACCCUAACAUCACACAGUACUCCCUGCACUUCUCUCCUGAAUAUCUGCUUGUUUGUGUAGUUGUUGUGUUGUGUGCGAGGCCUUAGCAACACGGAACGUGAAACUUACGUCAGUCACGUUACACCGUAACACUGUUACAUGGGUUACGUGGCAGCAGAAUAUUCAGUUGCUUUUGUCUUGAGACAUCGCCGUCAUGAUGUCGACUGUCGUCGUGCUCCUGCUGCUGGUUGUGGACACUGCAAUCACCUCGAAGAGCAAAAUGGCCUCCACAGAGAUAAGCUGCCAAGCCGCCAUCAUCACCUGGGCGGAGUUCACAUGUGACAGCACAUGUAACGACUGUGUUCACACGUCAAAUGAACAUGAACAUAGCAACAACAGUUGCACAUCCAGACAGUUGACCUCACAGGAAGUGUUUCUCGUCUACCAUCACUGUCCAAGUCCAGGAUGUCGUCUGGAGGCCGUGCCGGGUCUGAUGGGUCCUGUCAAAGCAGAUUACAUGUGCUUGAAAGGUAACGGGAAUGAAGAAACGGGAAACAGAAUGCAAGGUGACAUAGAGAUCGUGGACCCGUGUGAAGAAGGCAACUACACCACGACCUCCGUCAACUUCCUCUACGGCUACCACCGCGUCGUCAACACAACCAGUGACGUCACAUGCUCGUGCUCACUCACUAAACUCAAUGACUCCAGUCCCCUCAAUAUCAAGGCCGUCAAUGCCUACAGUUUACAGCAAGUGAAUAACAAGCUUCCAGAAGUUACUAUAGAGCACGAUAAUAAAAAGGAACGUGUUAACAGCUCUUUCCCUCAGGAUUUUAUUAUCACUACCACAACGACAAACAUCUCACUGACUCUCACCGUAUCCUCGGAUGAUAGAAUUGGCAGGAUGUGGGUCAGCGUCUCUCAGCAAGGACAAGGAUCCUUUUCUGUUCAAUGCGCCGCUGUUUCGGGAUUUAUUCCUGUCGGCACUCAAGAAACAGUUCAGACCUCACUUGUGAAUGUCACCGAAGUUCCCUGGAUACUUUCUGCCCAAGUCGGAGUAGACACCUUCGUUGUCAUCUGCCUGAUCGUAUUCUCCAUAUUUUUCUGGAGAAGAAAACUGCGGAGAAAGAGCUCCUUGGACGGGGCUGGGAGGAGCAAGAGGCAGUCUGAACAACUUGCAGCCUGCGACAUGGUGGAUGAGAGAGGUCACAUGACUCUCAGGCACGUCGACACGUCACGUGACAGCCAGGUGCGAAAUGCUACUUCACUGUGUCUGAGACCUUUCACACACAUCGUGCAUCUGGCUCAAAGAUACAGAGCUUCACGAGUGCUUGCCAUCAAUGAGUGUGCGCCUAUAGUCUGACCAUCACCUCACCUUCGUGCCGGAAAUGACAUCACAGUCAUGGCGUUCGCUGAUUGCUUGCUCAUUCUUUUAAUAGACAAACACGGAAACAAAGCUGAAAAACUGAUAAACAUGAAAUGGCUUUGAGCAAUAACAGAUACCCUAAAAUUUUAUCUACCUGCAUUUAAAUGUACAAUAUUAUAUAUCUGCAGUGGUACACGAAGUUUCCUGGCUUUUAUUUUGAAAAUAAAUGUGAUUAAAAUAUUUACUGUAGUUUAUCUCUGUUGCAGUAAAAAUAUUUUAAUAAUAUUUUUUUAAUAAUUCCGCACAAACUUAAAAUUGAACUACA